GUGCAUAACACAAGCACAGAGGAAAAGAAAAGCAGAGAUUCAACAGAAAUCAACCGUGUCGUGUGCAUAACACAAGCACAGAGGAAAAGAUAAGGAGGACCCAGAUUCAACAGAAAUUUACCAUUCCACUUUCCAUGAGCUCUUGAGAAUGGAAAUUCUUGAUUUAGCGAACUUCCUUUCGAACUCACUCCCACUGAUUCACUUGCUCAUUAAACCCAAUUUCCUUCGUGGGUUAUCUGGAUCAUUACAUUUAGUUUUGUUUCUUGUGUUAUUUGUCUCUUUAGUGUGCAAUAAUCUUAGGGUGGGUGAUAGAGAAGAUUCUAAGGAGAGGUUUGACAAGAAUAGGAGGAUUUUGUGUUAUAAACAGACUUUGUUCUUUUGCUUUGGUGUUUCAUUGUUCAAUCUUUCCUUGUGUUCAUUGAGCUACUUUUAUUGGGAUAGAAAUUCUUGGUCUGGUGAUAAAUUGUUGGUACUUUUGGAUUCAGUGCUUAGAGCACUCUCUUGGGCUGCACUUGGUGUUUAUUUGCAAACCCAUUUGUUUAACUCAGCUGAAAUAAAGUCCCCAUUUUUAUUGAGAGUCUGGUGGCGUUUUUAUUUCACAAUGUCUUGUUAUAUCCUUGCUAUUGAUAUAGUUGUUUACGGGAAACACCUGUCCUUAGAAAUUCAAGUUUUAGCAUCUGAUAUGGUAUCUAUGUCCACUGGAUUAUUCUUCUGUUAUGUUGGAUCCUUGAAAAAUAAGAGCAAUCAUACUGUUCUUGAAGAACCCCUUUUAGAUAAUUCUGGUUUAAAUAAGUCAAAAGGGAGUGAUACUGUAACUCCUUACUCAAAUGCUGGUCUGUUCAGUAUUCUUACCUUCUCUUGGAUGAAUUCUCUAAUUGCCGUUGGAAAUAAGAAAACUUUAGACCUUGAAGAUGUUCCUCAACUUGAUGGUGGGGAUACCAUGGCUGGGGCAUUUCCAGUUUUUCAAAAUAAGCUUGAGUUGGAUAAUGGAGUUACAACAUUUAAGCUUGCAAAAGCAUUAUUCCUUUCAUAUUGGAGGGAAAUUAUAUGGACAGCUUUCUUGACAUUGUUGUAUACAUUAGCUUCUUAUGUUGGUCCAUACCUUAUAGACACUUUUGUUCAAUGCCUUAGCGGGCGAGGAAAGUUGAAAAAUCAGGGUUAUAUUUUAGUUUCCACCUUUGUUGUUGCAAAGCUUGUAGAGUGCCUUGCACAGAGGCAUUGUUCCUUCAAGUUGCAGCAGACUGGAGUUAGAAUCCGUGCAGUGCUGGUAGCGACAAUCUACAAUAAGGGCAUGACACUUUCACAUCAGUCAAAGCAAGGCAACACAAGUGGGGAAAUCAUCAAUUACAUGGCCGUUGAUACAGAGAGAAUCGGUACCUUUAGUUGGUACAUUCAUGAUCUGUGGUUAGUCAUCUUGGAAGUUGGUUUGGCCUUGUUCAUAUUGUAUAAGCAUCUUGGCUUUGCAUCUAUUGCUACUUUUGUUUCAACUGUUAUCGUCAUGUUAUUGAACUAUCCAUUAGGAAGAUUACAAGAAAAUUUUCAGGACAAGUUGAUGGAAUCUAAAGAUAAAAGAAUGAAGGCAACAUCUGAGAUUUUAAAGAACAUGAGAAUACUCAAGCUUCAGGCAUGGGAAAUGAAGUUUUUGUCUAAGAUAAUUGAAAUCCGGAAGACAGAGACAAGAUGGUUGAGGAAAUAUUCUUAUGCGUCAGCAAUUUCCAAUUUUGUCUUCUGGGUUGCCCCUGCUUUUGUGUCCGUAGCCACUUUUGGUACUUGUAUGUUUAUGGGAAUUCCACUUGAAUCAGGGAAAGUAUUAUCUGCACUAGCUACAUUCAGAAUACUUCAAGAACCAAUUUAUCACCUUCCUGAUACAAUUUCUAUGAUAGUGCAGAACAAGAUUUCCCUUGAUAGAAUUGCUUCAUUCCUUCGUCUUGAAGACUUGCAGUCGGAUGUUAUUGAGAGGCUUCCAAGAUUUAGUUCUGGUACAGCAAUUGAGAUAGUUGAUGGGAAUUUCUCUUGGGAUUUGUCUUUGCCUACCCCAACACUAAAAGAUAUAAAUCUUGAAGUAUUCCACGGGAUGAGGAUUGCUGUUUGUGGGACUGUUGGUUCAGGCAAGUCAAGCUUACUUUCCUGCAUUUUAGGAGAACUUUUCAAAAUCUCAGGAGCACUUAAAUUGCGUGGUACGAAGGCGUACAUCGCUCAAUCACCUUGGAUAAAGAGUGGCACAGUCGAAGAGAACAUAUUGUUUGGCAAGGAGAUGGAAAGAGACAAGUACGAUAGGAUACUGGAUGCAUGUUCCCUGCACAAGGACUUAAAAGUUCUCUCAUUCGGCGACCAAACAGUAAUAGGUGAAAGGGGUGUCAAUUUAAGUGGUGGACAGAAGCAAAGGAUUCAGAUUGCACGCGCUCUAUACCAAGAUUCUGAUAUCUAUCUCUUUGAUGAUCCUUUCAGUGCUGUCGAUGCUCAUACUGGUUCUCAUAUAUUCAAGGAAGUUUUGCUUAAUCUUCUGAAGUCAAAAACUGUUAUAUACGUUACUCACCAAGUUGAUUUCUUACCCGCAGCUGACCUUAUCUUGGUCAUGAAGGAUGGAAGGAUUGCACAGGCUGGAAAGUACAAUAAUAUUCUCAUUCCAGGAUCAGAUUUUAUGGAACUUGUAGAUGCACACAAAGCAGCCUUAUUGCCACUUUCUGAAAAUGGAAGUAUUGUAUGCAAGGACGAUGGUGGAAUGAGCAGUAUUUAUAGGGAUAUGCAGAAACAAGAAAAAAAAGAUUUACAAAAUAGUAACGCAGAUGACAUAAAUGGGCCCAGAAGACAGAUUAUUCAAGAGGAAGACAGAGAGAAAGGUAGAGUCGAGUUUCCAGUCUACUGGAAAUAUAUCACAACAGCAUAUGGAGGAGCUCUUGUGCCCUUUAUAUUGCUGGCAGAGAUUUUCUUUCAGAUACUUCAAAUCAGUAGCAACUGUUGGAUGACAUGGGCAACUCCUGAGUCAAAAGAUGUGAAACCUGCUUUUAGUGAAUCUACACUAAUAUUUGUUUAUAUAGCCUUUUGCAUUGGAAGUUCUUUUUGUGUCCUUGUCAGAGCCACCCUUCUUGUAACAGCAGGGUACAAGACUGCAACUUCGCUCUUUAAUAAAAUGCAUUGGUGCAUCAUCCGAGCUCCCAUGUCCUUCUUUGAUGCAACCCCUGGUGGACGAAUCCUUAACAGAGCUUCGACAGACCAAAGCCAGGUUGAUAUGCAAAUGGCAGAUCAACUUGGGGCUGUUGCUUUCACACUGAUCCAGCUUUUGGGAAUCACUGGAGUGAUGUCUCAGGUGACAUGGCAAGUUUUUAUCAUUUUUAUCCCUGUGAUUUCUAUCUGCAUCUGGUAUCAGCAAUAUUAUAUUCCUUCUGCAAGAGAACUUUCACGAUUAGUUGGAGUGUCUAGAGCUCCAGUUUUCCAGCAUUUUGCUGAAACCAUAUCAGGAUCAACUACUAUCAGGAGCUUUGAUCAGCAAUCAAGAUUCCAAGAAACAAAUAUGAAACUAAUGGAUGCAUAUUGCAGGCCUAAAUUUCAUAUUGUUGGUGCAAUAGAAUGGCUUUGCUUUCGACUGGAUAUGUGUUCUUCUAUAACAUUUGCAACAUCAUUGGUUUUCUUAAUUUCUUUUUCAGAGAGAUUCAAUCCAGCCAUUGCAGGUUUAGCCGUGAUGUAUGGACUCAACCUGAACAUGUUACAAACUAAGUUAAUAUGGAAAAUAUGCAAAUCAGAGAGCAUGAUUAUAUCAGUAGAAAGAAUACUGCAAUACAUGUCUAUUCCUAGUGAGCAUCCUCUUGUAAUGCGAGAAAAUCGACCAGACCAUUCUUGGCCAUCACAUGGAGAAGUUGCUAUUGACAAGCUGCAGGUCCGGUACGCUCCACAAAUGCCACUUGUGCUGCAAGGUCUCACAUGUAGUUUUCCUGGACGGAAGAAAACUGGUAUUGUUGGGAGAACAGGCAGUGGAAAAUCAACUCUCAUUCAAACCCUCUUUCGAAUUGUUGAACCUGCAGCUGGUCAAAUUUUAAUUGAUGGUCUAAAUAUCUCAUCAAUUGGACUGCAUGAUUUGCGGUCAAGACUGAGCAUUAUUCCUCAGGAUCCAACCAUGUUUGAAGGGACUGUACGCACUAACCUGGACCCACUCGAAGAGCAUACAAAUGAGCAAAUUUGGGAGGCUCUAGAUAAGUGCCAACUUGGAGAUGAAAUUAGAAAGAAAGAAAAAAUGCUGGACUCUACAGUUUCUGAGAAUGGAGAUAAUUGGAGUAUUGGUCAGAGGCAGCUGGUCUGUCUCGGGCGAGUGCUACUCAAGAGGAGUAAAGUGUUGAUUCUUGAUGAAGCUACUGCAUCGGUUGAUACGGCUACUGAUAAUUUAAUUCAGCAAACUAUUAGGCAAGACUUCUCUGACUGUACGGUUAUAACCAUUGCACAUCGGAUAACUUCUGUUCUUGAUAGUGAUAUGGUUCUGCUUUUAAGUCAUGGACAUAUUGAGGAAUAUGAUUCUCCAGCAAAAUUGUUAAAGAACAAGUCGUCUUCAUUUGCACAACUUGUAGCAGAGUACACGAUGAGGUCCAAUACCAGUUCUUGUAAUUAAACAAAAGGCAACUUUAAAAAAAAUAUGUGUCUGAGCCCGGGUUCGAACCGGGGACCUCUAGUGUGUGAGACUAGCGUGAUAACCAACUACACCACCCAGACCUUUUGAGCUAAGCUGGAGAUUAAAAAUAAAUAUCUAAACUGUUUAGUUAUCA